AUGUCAUCACCAAGGGAAAUACCUGCAAAGAGCUUACCUUCAUGGACUAACUACUAUGGUAAAUUCGAAAACAGCAAGGUAGGAUGUGCAGAAAAAUGCAAUGAAGAAAGAGAUAAUUAUAAAUUAGACAAUAAGGGUCUUGGGAGCCAGAAGGUUAACGUUGGAAAUGCACUGGCCUAUAUAUACAAAGAAUACAGGGAAACAGAUAAAAAAUCACCAGAAAAUGCGACGCCAGCCGAAUGUACAGCACGCAAUUUUUUUUAUUACUGGUUGGGGGAAAAAUUACCUGAGAGUGUAGGAAGUAUUACCUUCGGAGCUAUGAUAAGGACUAUUUGCGAAUAUAUAAAUAAUGCCUCUGGGAGGAAGGCAUGUGAAAUUCCCAGUGAUGAUGACCCAGUUGACAAGGACCUCUUCCUUAACAGAAAAAUAAUAUUCGAUUUCUGGUAUGACCAUCCUACUAUACAAGAACUCUUCGAAAAUACUGGGUCUGAGGGUGUUGAGAAAUGUGACAGUUAUUACCAGGAUGUAAAUGCAGCAUAUGAAGCUGUGGAUAAAAAUUGUACAAAGAAAAACGGUAAUUACUGUAAAAAAAUGUGGACAGAAACACAUAAGCAACAAAUUCAUGAUAAACUGCAAGAUUUGCAAUCUAAAUUGGAUGCUGCACGGGAAGGAAUGCAGCUUGCCGAACGAACAGCAUCCACCAAAUUAAACGAAGCUGAAAGUAAAGCAAAUAAAGCUUCUACUCUUUCUUCUGCUUUUGGUACCCUAGCAGCAUUAGAAUUCCCAGCAUUGGCAUACUUUUUGUAUAAGGUAAAAUAUUACCAUUAUACAUUAUAG